AUGUCUCCAACUCCGCCAACAUCCACCAGCACCCAUAAUGCCGCAAGCAAAUCUACACACCCGAAGAUGCAGUACCAAAGACUCGGCAACAGCGGCCUAAAAGUCUCCCGAAUAAUACUCGGCUGCAUGACAUACGGCAAUCCCAACUGGGAAGGAUCCCCUUGGGUGCUGAGUGAAGAAGAGUCCCUCCCACUCCUCAAACGAGCCUACGACCUCGGCAUCAACACCUUCGACACAGCCAAUACCUACUCGAACGGAAAUUCCGAAACCAUCAUCGGAAAGGCGCUGUCGACAUACUCCAUCCCCCGCAGCAAAGUAGUGAUCAUGACGAAGCUAUACUACCCCGUUCUCGAAGAUGACCUCGAUGCCCGGCCAAAUCCAGCGUUCAAUGAUGGGGACUUAGUCAAUCAGAUGGGACUGAGUCGCAAGCACAUCUUUGAUGCGGUGGAGGGAUCCCUCCGUCGACUCGGUACAGAUUACAUCGAUGUUCUACAACUCCACCGUUUAGAUCGCGAGACAUCUCCAGAGGAAAUCAUGCGCGCUCUUCACGACCUCGUUCAACUGGGCAAGAUCCACUACCUGGGCGCAUCAAGUAUGCACUGCUGGGAAUUCGCGCGGCUGCAAUACACCGCCAAGAUGAAUGGGUGGACUUCGUUCGUGAGCAUGCAGGGCCUGUACAACUUGCUUUACCGCGAAGAGGAGCGCGAGAUGAAUCCGUUCUGUGUGGCGGAGGGCGUCGGGCUCAUUCCGUGGAGUCCGUUGGCGCGCGGGUUACUGGCUCGUCCGUCGCGGGAAAAGUCAGCGCGCGCGGAUCAGGACGUGAAGACGAAGAAGUGGUUUGUAGGCGAUCAGGAUACGGUGAUCAUUGAUCGGGUUGAGGAGCUGGCGGCGAAGAAGGGCUGUGGGAUGAGUUCCAUUGCGAUGGCGUGGUUGUUGAAGAGGGGCACUUGUCCGAUUGUCGGGCUGAAUAGCAUUCAGCGAAUUGAGGCUGCGCUGGAGACGCUGGAGGUGGAGCUGACUGAUGAGGAAAUGUUGUUUUUGGAGGAGGAGUAUAAGCCGUUGGCUGUACAGGCAAUAUAA